UGUCAGGAAAAAGAGGAGUCGGCUAAUGGGCGAAGGAUACGCGUCUCUGAAAUAACCUGCCUGUAACAUUUUCUCUGUUCAGUUUAAUGUUUUUUUCAGUAUACAUUUAAGAUUUAGGAGCAGAAGUGUUGAACAGUAAGGAUGUUAACUAAAUUUGAGACGAAGUCGGCCCGAGUCAAAGGCCUGAGUUUCCAUCCUAAAAGGCCAUGGGUUCUUGCAAGCUUGCACAACGGUGUAAUCCAGCUGUGGGACUAUCGAAUGUGCACCUUGAUCGACAAAUUUGAUGAACAUGAUGGUCCUGUCAGAGGUAUUGAUUUCCAUAAACAGCAGCCUCUGUUUGUGUCUGGAGGAGAUGAUUAUAAAAUCAAGGUAUGGAACUACAAACUGAGACGUUGCCUCUUCACCCUCCUGGGACACUUGGACUACAUCAGAACCACAUUCUUUCAUCAUGAAUACCCCUGGAUUCUGAGUGCCUCAGAUGAUCAGACCAUCCGCAUCUGGAACUGGCAGUCAAGGACCUGUGUGUGUGUGCUCACAGGACACAACCACUAUGUGAUGUGCGCCCAGUUCCACCCGUCCGAAGACCUGGUGGUGUCGGCCAGUCUGGACCAGACCGUGCGAGUGUGGGAUAUCUCCGGUCUGAGGAAGAAGAACUUGUCUCCCGGCGCUGUGGAGACGGAUGUUCGUGGCAUCACUGGGGUUGACCUUUUCGGUGCCUCGGAUGCUGUUGUGAAGCACGUCCUUGAGGGUCAUGACCGCGGCGUCAACUGGGCUGCCUUCCACCCCAGCAUGCCCCUCAUCGUGUCCGGAGCCGACGACCGGCAGGUGAAGAUCUGGAGAAUGAACGAGUCCAAGGCGUGGGAGCUGGACACGUGCCGCGGUCAYUACAACAACGUGUCCUGUGCCGUCUUCCACCCACGCCAGGAGCUCAUCCUGUCCAACUCCGAGGACAAGAGUAUCCGUGUGUGGGACAUGUCCAAGAGGACCGGGGUGCAAACCUUUCGACGCGACCACGAUCGCUUCUGGGUGCUGGGGGCCCACCCAAACCUCAACCUGUUUGCAGCAGGUCAUGACAGCGGUAUGAUCGUGUUCAAGCUGGAGCGUGAGCGCCCUGCGUACGCCGUUCACGGCAACAUGCUGUACUACGUGAAGGAUCGCUUCCUGCGUCAGCUGGACUUCAACAGCAGCAAAGAUACGGCCGUCAUGCAGCUCCGCAGUGGUUCUAAGUUCCCGGUGUUCAGCAUGUCUUAUAACCCUGCUGAGAAUGCUGUCCUGCUCUGCACUAGAGCCACCAACCUUGAGAACAGCACGUAUGAUCUGUACUCAAUUCCCAAAGAAAGUGACUCUCAGAACCCUGAUGCACCUGAAGGAAAAAGAUCUUCAGGUCUGACUGCAGUUUGGGUGGCAAGAAACAGAUUUGCUGUCCUGGACCGCAUGCACUCUCUCCUGAUUAAAAACCUGAAGAAUGAAAUUGUGAAGAAGGUCCAGGUGCCGAGCUGCGAGGAAAUCUUCUACGCCGGCACGGGCUCCCUGCUGCUGCGCGACGCCGACGGCGUCACGCUGUUCGACGUGCAGCAGAAGCGCUCUCUGGCCACCGUGAAGAUCGCCAAGGUCAAAUACGUGGUGUGGAGCUCCGACACCAGCCACGUGGCCCUGUUGGCUAAACACGCUAUUAUGAUUUGCAACCGUAAGCUGGAGAGUCUCUGCAACAUUCAUGAAAACAUCCGCGUGAAGAGCGGCGCCUGGGAUGAGAGUGGAGUCUUUAUUUACACCACCUCCAACCACAUCAAAUAUGCCCUCACUUCUGGUGAUCAUGGCAUCAUAAGGACCCUGGACCUGCCCAUCUACGCCACCCGUGUCAGAGGCAACAGCGUUUACUGCCUGGACAGAGAGUGCCGGCCUCGCGUUCUCACCAUCGACCCGACAGAGUACCGCUUCAAACUGGCGCUGGUCAAUCGUAAAUACGAUGAGGUGCUUCACAUGGUGCGUAAUGCCAAGUUGGUGGGUCAGUCCAUCAUUGCAUACCUGCAGAAGAAGGGCUACCCCGAGGUGGCUCUGCACUUUGUUAAAGACGAGAAGACACGUUUCAGCCUGGCUCUGGAAUGUGGAAACAUUGAGGUGGCGCUGGAGGCAGCCAAGGCUCUGGACGAGCGCAGCUGCUGGGAGCGUUUGGGUGAGGCGGCGCUGCUGCAGGGACACCACCAGGUCGUGGAAAUGUGCUACCAGAGGACCAAGAACUUCGACAAGCUCACCUUCCUCUAUCUAAUCACUGGCAACCUGGCCAAACUGCGCAAGAUGAUGAAGAUCGCUGAGAUCAGAAAGGACAUGAGCGGUCACUACCAGGCAGCUCUGUAUCUGGGGGACGUGAGUGAGCGGGUCAGGAUCUUGAAGAACUGUGGUCAGAAGUCUCUGGCUUACCUGACUGCAGCCACACACGGGCUGGACGAAGAGGCUGAGGCACUGAAGGAGACCUUUGACCCAGAGAAAGAGACGGUGCCGGAGGUUGAUCCUAAUGCACAGCUGCUGCAGCCGCCUCCUCCCAUCAACCCUCUGGACACCAACUGGCCACUGCUCACUGUGUCCAAGGGCUUCUUUGAGGGAGCCAUCCCAGCAAAGGGUAAGGCAGGGCAGAUGGCUGCAGAUCUGGAUAUGGAGGCUGCCGGAGGCGAGGGCUGGGGAGAUGAUGCUGAGCUCACCAUGGAUGAAGACGGUUUCAUAGACGCCCAGGAUGGAUUAGGGGAGGAGGGAAUGGUGAAAGAAGAGGGAGGAGGCUGGGACAUCGAUGAAGAUGUGGACCUUCCUCCAGAACUGGACGUGGCAAUUGGAGYAGGCGGAGGAGCAGAAGACGGUUUCUUUGUACCACCUACUAAAGGGAUGAGCCCCACCCAGAUGUGGUGCAACAACUCCCAGCUGCCAGUGGACCACAUCUUGGCUGGCUCUUAUGAAACUGCUAUGAGGCUGCUGCACGACCAGGUUGGAGUUGUGAACUUUGACCCCUACAAGACGCUGUUCAUGCAGACGUUCUCCAGGGGGCGCACCUGUUACCUGGGGCUGCCCUCGCUGCCUUGUCUGCGUGGUCACCCCCACAGGAACUGGAAGGACUGUGGAGCCAAGCAGGGGCUGCCUGCCGUUGGGCUGCGCCUCUCUGAUCUCAUUUCCCGCCUGCAGCAGUGCUACCAGCUGACCACGUCUGGGCGUUUCGAAGAAGCUGUUGAGCGCUUUAGAGUCAUCUUGCUUUCUGUUCCCCUACUGGUGGUUGAUAACAAACAGGAGAUUGCAGAGGCUCAGCAGCUCCUCACUAUAUGCAAGGAGUACAUAGUGGGUCUGACCAUGGAGAUUGAGAGGAAGAAAUUGCCCAAAGAAACGUUGGAACAACAGAAGAGGAUUUGUGAGAUGGCUGCUUAUUUCACCCACUGUAAUCUCCAGCCGGUCCACAUGGUGCUGGUGUUGCGCACGGCCCUCAACCUCUUCUUCAAGCUUCGCAACUUCAAAACGGCUGCAGGGUUUGCUCGACGCCUCCUCGAGCUCGGCCCGAAACCAGACGUCGCCCAGCAGACUCGCAAAAUUUUGGCAGCUUGCGAGAAGACCCUGACAGACACCCACCAGCUGAACUAUGACCCCCACAAUCCGUUUGAUCUGUGCGCCGCCUCUUUUGUCCCCCUGUACCGCGGACGUCCUGUGGAGAAGUGCCCACUGUCUGGAGCCUGCUACUGCCCUCCUUACAAAGGCCAGAUCUGCAGGGUCACACAGGUGACAGAGAUCGGUAAGGAUGUGAUCGGUCUGCGUGUGAGUCCACUCCAGUUCCGCUAAGAAGACAAGAAAAUGAUCUGCAGAACACAUCCUUUAAAGCCACACUUUAAAAGAUGACAUGAAAAUGGGAAGCUGAGUUAUAUUUGUUUCACAGUGAUGUUAACCUCUUCUGUCCUUUUAAGUUUGUUCCUUAAACUUCAAAUUUAUCAUACAGUAAGCUUUUUCUGCAACUGCUGCUGUAGUAACACUCUGUGUUGACUUUGUGUGAGUAGAAAAAAAGUUAAAAUGUACGGCAAUGCUACUUGUAUCUGGAAAAACUAUAAUAAAAAGUCCAGUUUGCAUC